AUGCAUUUCCUUGUGCUAGGAGCUACAGGGCAUCGUCUAAGUCUAUUAGUUCGCACUCCCAGUAACCUCCCACAAAAGCUCGUGCAACAUACAGAUGUGGAGAUUAUCGAAGGCACUCUAGACGAGGAAACAGCCCUAGGCACUGCUGCGAGCUGUGGUGCCAGCAUCUUUGUCUCGUUCGCUGGUCCUCCGAUCGGCACGAAAGGAACGCCUCUGACAUUGGGCUAUAAAGCUCUGGUUCCAAGUCUAGUAGACCAGCACUUCAACCGCAUCAUCAUACUAUGCACCCCGUCCUACCAUGACCCCUCGGACACCAUCACAUUUAAAUGGCGACUGGGGGCAUGGUUCAUGAGGCUAUUCAGCGAUGGUCAGUAUCGAGAGAUGGUCGGCAUAGGGGAGUAUAUAGCGUCGCUGCCUGUCGGCGGGUCUGUGCAGUGGACUUUGUUUCGGGUUGGUGGACUGACAAACGGUGAAGAGGCACCAGUCAAGGCGACAUUCCUGGGGAGCGGCGAUGAUGGCACAUGGAUUAGUCGAGCGAGUGUUGCGACGUGGGCCCUGGAUGAGAUUACUCGAGAACAAUGGCUUGGGAAGGCACCUUAUAUCUCCGGCCCUCCAUGCGGCCACUGCGCUGCCCGAAAGGCCGAUUGUCAGUAUUCCACUGGGCGACUAUUUCGAUAUUCAGAAUGGAGCGAACAAUGCCAAAAUCCUCCUAUCUCAUCAACAUACCAAAAGGACCAGUCAACAAGAUCAAAUGAAGGCAGAACAGACAUACCGUGGGUAUCCGAGGCAUCGCGAAGUACAUUGCCUAUCGUGCCGGCGGGCCGCAUGAGAGAGCUCCAGUUGAUGCACGUCUGGUCCUUCAAAACCUGCCACAGCUUUUCCUGCAACCUUGGCGACGUCUUCCGAUCCUUCGUGGUGGAGCAAGCUUUCCAUCAUCCAUUUCUCAUGGACUCACUGCUGGCACUCACGUCACUACACAUAGCCUCUGGAACCAUCGGCAGUAACAACAACGAUGCGAAUGAUAGUCAUGCCCCCCUAAGCUCGGCCACUGUCUCGGAAUACAUCAACGACGCACUUCGUUACCAGAAUAGCGCCGUCCCGGCUUUUUGUACCGCACUAGAAAACAUCUCAGCAUCGAACUGCCAUGCGCUUUUCGCAUGCUCGGUGAUCACGAUGGCUUGCGCUGUUGUGGCUCCCUUCGUUGGAAGCAGUCGCGGAAACAUGGUAGAAAACCUAACUUCUCCAUUUCAUUUUGUCAAGGGAAUACAUUCCGUCAUUGAUAAAUCUCGGCUAUGGCUGGCCAAAGGGCCCUUUCGAUUUGCAAUUUUAGCCCAUUCCGAUGAUGAGUGGGAGUCACCCCUGCAAGAAACCGAGGUCAUUCACAAGUUGCGAAAGCUUUGUUCCCAUGUAAAUCCGGCUAUACGGAACAUCCUUAGCCGUGCUAUCACACUCCUGGGGAGUUGCUUUGUAAAAGAUGAAACAAUGGCGAUUCCAUGGAUCAUGGUUGUUGGGCUGGAUUUCGUGGAUCUCAUACAACAAGAGGAGCCCAUGGCCUUACUGGUGUAUAUGUAUUGGGGUGUUUUGCUUAGCGGGUUGAAGGAUAUAUGGUGGGCAACGCUCUCAGGAAGGAGGAUUGUAGGGGAUUUGGCAAGGGAGCUCGCACGGAUGAAUGAGUGGACCGAAGCUAUACAAUGGUCAAUGGAGCAGGUAGGCAUAACUAAAGAGGAAUUGGCAUAA